AUGACUGACAAGAUGUCGAGCUUCCUUCAUAUUGGAGAUAUUUGUUCUCUCUAUGCAGAGGGCUCAACAAAUGGAUUUAUUAGCACUUUGGGCCUUGUGGAUGAUCGGUGUGUUGUACAGCCAGAAGCAGGUGAUCUUAACAACCCACCCAAAAAAUUCAGAGAUUGCCUCUUCAAACUAUGUCCCAUGAACCGGUACUCUGCUCAGAAGCAGUUCUGGAAAGCAGCAAAGCCAGGAGCCAACAGCACCACAGAUGCUGUGCUACUCAACAAGCUGCAUCAUGCAGCAGAUUUGGAGAAGAAACAAAAUGAAACUGAGAACAGAAAGCUGCUGGGAACGGUCAUCCAGUAUGGCAACGUCAUCCAGCUGCUUCACUUAAAAAGUAACAAAUACUUAACAGUAAAUAAGAGGCUUCCAGCUCUACUAGAGAAGAAUGCUAUGAGGGUGACCUUGGAUGAAGCUGGAAAUGAAGGUUCCUGGUUCUACAUCCAGCCCUUCUACAAGCUGCGUUCCAUUGGAGACAGUGUUGUCAUUGGAGACAAAGUAGUCCUGAACCCUGUCAACGCUGGCCAGCCUCUCCAUGCCAGCAGUCACCAGCUGGUUGAUAAUCCAGGGUGCAAUGAGGUCAACUCUGUGAAUUGCAAUACAAGCUGGAAAAUAGUCCUCUUCAUGAAAUGGAGUGACAACAAAGAUGAUAUUCUCAAAGGGGGGGACGUGGUGAGGCUGUUCCAUGCAGAGCAGGAGAAGUUUCUGACGUGUGAUGAGCACAGGAAGAAGCAGCACGUCUUCCUCAGAACCACGGGCAGACAGUCGGCCACCUCUGCCACCAGUUCCAAGGCCCUGUGGGAAGUAGAGGUGGUGCAGCAUGAUCCUUGCCGUGGUGGUGCUGGCUACUGGAACAGCCUUUUCAGGUUCAAACACCUUGCCACUGGACACUACCUAGCAGCAGAGGUAAACCCUGACUAUGAGGAAGAUGAGCUGGAGUGUCAAUCCUCACUGGACCCUGAGCAGGAUGCUUCCAGAAGAGGCUUGCACAGUCCUCAGGAGAAGAUGGCAUACUCCCUGGUGUCUGUGCCUGAAGGGAAUGAUAUCUCCUCCAUCUUUGAGCUGGACCCUACCACCCUGCGAGGAGGAGACAGCCUGGUCCCCAGGAACUCUUAUGUCAGGCUCAGACACCUUUGCACUAACACCUGGGUUCACAGCACCAACAUCCCUAUUGAUAAAGAAGAGGAGAAACCUGUGAUGCUGAAAAUUGGUACCUCUCCAGUGAAGGAGGACAAAGAAGCUUUUGCUAUCGUGCCAGUUUCCCCCGCAGAGGUGCGGGACUUGGAUUUUGCCAACGAUGCCAGUAAGGUUUUGGGUUCCAUCGCUGGCAAGCUGGAGAAGGGAACCAUAACCCAGAAUGAAAGAAGAUCUGUCACCAAACUGUUGGAGGAUUUGGUUUACUUUGUUACUGGUGGAACUAAUUCUGGACAAGACGUGCUUGAAGUGGUGUUUUCUAAACCUAACAGAGAAAGGCAAAAACUGAUGAGAGAACAGAAUAUUCUAAAGCAGAUCUUCAAGCUGUUGCAAGCGCCGUUCACGGACAGCGGUGACGGCCCCAUGCUGCGCCUGGAGGAGCUGGGGGACCAGCGUCAUGCCCCCUUCAGACACAUCUGCCGCCUUUGCUACAGGGUGCUGAGGCACUCUCAGCAGGAUUACAGGAAGAAUCAGGAAUACAUUGCAAAGCAGUUUGGCUUCAUGCAGAAGCAGAUUGGCUAUGAUGUGCUGGCCGAGGACACCAUCACAGCACUGCUGCACAACAACCGCAAGCUCUUGGAGAAGCACAUCACAGCUGCUGAGAUUGACACCUUUGUUAGUCUGGUGAGGAAGAACAGGGAGCCCAGGUUUUUGGAUUACCUCUCAGAUCUCUGCGUUUCCAUGAACAAAUCUAUUCCAGUGACACAGGAGCUGAUUUGCAAAGCUGUGCUGAACCCAGCCAACGCAGACAUCCUCAUAGAAACUAAGCUGGUCCUCUCCCGCUUCGAGUUUGAAGAGGUGUCGAGUGGAGAGAACGCCUUGGAGGUGGGAGAAGAUGAGGAAGAAGUGUGGCUGUUCUGGAGAGACGGCAACAAGGAAAUCCGUAGCAAGAGCAUCAGGGAGCUGGCUCAGGAUGCCAAGGAAGGGCAGAAGGAAGACCGGGACGUGCUCAGCUACUACAGAUACCAACUGAACCUCUUUGCUCGAAUGUGCCUUGACCGCCAGUACUUAGCCAUCAACGAGAUCUCCGGGCAGCUGGACGUGGACCUGAUCCUGCGCUGCAUGUCCGACGAGAACCUCCCCUACGACCUGAGGGCUUCCUUCUGCCGCCUGAUGCUGCACAUGCACGUCGACCGUGACCCCCAGGAGCAGGUGACCCCAGUCAAGUAUGCUCGCCUCUGGUCUGAAAUACCUUCUGAAAUUGCUAUUGAUGACUAUGAUAGCAGUGGAACUUCCAAAGAUGAAAUUAAGGAGAGAUUUGCACAAACAAUGGAAUUUGUAGAGGAAUAUUUAAGAGAUGUGGUGUGUCAGAGGUUCCCUUUCUCUGACAAAGAGAAAAACAAGCUCACUUUUGAGGUUGUUAACUUAGCCAGAAAUCUGAUCUAUUUUGGGUUCUACAACUUCUGUGACCUCCUCAGGCUAACCAAAAUCCUCCUUGCUAUAUUAGACUGUGUGCACAUCACUACCAUCUUCCCUAUUACCAAGAUGGCAAAAGGGGAGGAAAGCAAAGGUAAGGCUGAAAAAGGGCAGAAGAGAAGGAGCAAUGUGAUGAGAUCCAUCCAUGGAGUGGGUGAGCUGAUGACCCAGGUGGUGCUCAGAGGUGGAGGCUUCUUGCCCAUGACCCCACUUGCUGCUGCUCCUGAGGGGAACGUUAAGCAGAGUGAACCAGAGAAAGAGGACAUCCUGGUCAUGGACACGAAGCUGAAGAUCAUUGAAAUACUUCAGUUUAUUCUGAAUGUGAGGCUGGACUACAGGAUCUCCUGCCUGCUGUGUAUAUUUAAGCAUGAGUUUGAUGAAAGCAAUGCCCAGAUGUCAGAAUCACCCACUGGAAGCAGCAGUCAAGAGAUGCCAGCUAAUGCUGAAGACACCAGGAUGCAGGAGAUCAUGAAGCUUGCACAUGAGUUCUUACAGAACUUUUGUGCUGGGAACCAGCAGAACCAGGCCUUGCUGCACAAGCACAUAAACCUGUUCCUCAACCCAGGGAUCCUGGAAGCAGUAACCAUGCAGCACAUCUUCAUGAACAACUUCCAGCUGUGCAGUGAGAUCAAUGAAAGAGUUGUCCAACACUUUGUCCACUGCAUCGAAACCCACGGCAGAAACGUUCAGUACAUCAAGUUCCUGCAGACCAUUGUCAAGGCAGAAGGGAAAUUCAUUAAGAAAUGCCAAGAUAUGGUAAUGGCUGAGCUGGUGAAUGCAGGAGAAGAUGUCCUGGUGUUUUACAAUGACAGAGCCUCCUUCCAGACUCUGGUGCAGAUGAUGAGAUCCGAGAGGGACCGGAUGGACGAGAACAGUCCCUUGAUGUACCACAUCCACUUGGUAGAGCUGCUGGCUGUGUGCACUGAGGGCAAAAAUGUCUACACAGAAAUCAAGUGCAACUCCCUGCUUCCUCUGGAUGACAUUGUCAGGGUAGUGACCCAUGAGGAUUGCAUACCUGAGGUCAAAAUUGCCUACAUCAACUUCUUGAAUCAUUGCUAUGUGGACACAGAAGUAGAAAUGAAAGAGAUCUACACCAGCAAUCAUAUGUGGAAGCUGUUUGAGAACUUCCUGCUUGACAUCUGUCGGGCUUGCAACAACACCAGCGACAGAAAGCAUGCGGACUGCGUCCUGGAGAAGUACGUCACAGAAAUAGUGAUGAGCAUAGUCACCACCUUCUUCAGUUCCCCCUUCUCUGACCAGAGCACUACUCUGCAGACUCGACAGCCUGUGUUUGUCCAGCUGCUGCAGGGUGUCUUCAGAGUGUACCACUGCAACUGGUUAAUGCCCAGCCAGAAGGCAUCUGUGGAAAGCUGCAUUCGGGUCCUGUCAGAUGUAGCCAAAAGCAGAGCUAUUGCCAUCCCUGUGGACUUGGACAGCCAGGUGAACAAUCUCUUCCUGAAAUCCCACAACCUUGUGCAGAAGACUGCCAUGAACUGGAGGAUGACUGCCAGGAACGCUGCCCGCAGGGACUCAGUGCUGGCUGCCUCCAGGGACUACAGAAACAUCAUUGAGAGAUUGCAGGACAUCGUCUCAGCUUUAGAAGAUCGCCUGCGGCCGCUGGUGCAAGCAGAGCUCUCAGUCCUGGUGGAUGUGCUUCACAGGCCUGAGCUGCUCUUCCCUGAGAACACAGAUGCCAGGAGGAAGUGUGAAAGUGGAGGUUUCAUCUGCAAGUUAAUAAAGCACACCAAGCAGCUGCUGGAGGAGAAUGAGGAGAAGCUGUGCAUUAAAGUCUUACAGACACUCAGGGAAAUGAUGACCAAAGACAGAGGCUAUGGAGAAAAGCAGAUUACCAUUGAAUUGGAUAAUGCUGAGCUGCCGCAGCCUCCCGAAACGGAAAGCCCUGUAGAGGAGCUUGAUCAAAGUCUACCCCAGAGGCAACUGGAGGAUCAUAGAAGGGGUGAGGCACUCAGGCAAGUCUUGGUCAACCGUUAUUACGGCAACGUUCGCCCGGCGGGACGGAGGGAGAGCCUCACCACCUUCGGCAAUGGCCCCUUGGCUGCUGGAGGAGCCAGCAAAGCUGGGGCAGGAGGAGGCAGCUCCGGAUCGAGUUCGAUGAGCCGAGGUGAGAUGAGUUUGGCAGAUGUCCAGUGUCACCUGGAUAAAGAAGGGGCAUCCAACCUGGUCAUAGAUCUCAUCAUGAAUGCCACCAGUGACAGAGUCUUCCAUGAGAGCAUCCUGCUAGCCAUUGCCCUUCUGGAAGGUGGCAACACCACAAUACAGCAUUCCUUCUUCUGCCGCCUGACGGAGGAUAAGAAAUCAGAGAAGUUCUUCAAGGUCUUUUAUGAUCGGAUGAAAGUGGCACAGCAGGAAAUCAAGGCCACUGUCACUGUCAAUACUAGUGACCUAGGAAAUAAAAAGAAAGAUGAGGACUCAGACAGAGAUGCCCCAAGCAGGAAGAAAGCAAGGGAGCCCAUGACCCAAAUUACUGAGGAGGUCCGGGACCAGCUGCUAGAGGCUUCUGCAGCUACCAGAAAGGCUUACAACACCUACCGCAGGGAAGCUGAUCCUGAGGACCACUACUCAGCUGGAGAAGGAGCACAGCCUGCAGCAGAUAAGAGCAAAGAUGACCUGGAGAUGAGUGCUGUCAUCUCCAUAAUGCAACCCAUCCUGCGGUUCCUGCAGCUGCUCUGUGAAAACCACAAUCGGGACUUGCAGAAUUUCCUUCGCUGCCAGAACAACAAAACCAACUACAACUUGGUGUGUGAGACCCUGCAGUUCCUGGACUGUAUCUGUGGAAGCACCACUGGUGGCCUUGGACUUCUUGGUCUGUAUAUAAAUGAGAAAAACGUGGCCUUGAUCAACCAGACACUGGAAAGUUUGACUGAGUACUGUCAGGGUCCUUGCCACGAGAACCAGAACUGCAUCGCCACGCACGAGUCCAACGGCAUCGACAUCAUCACGGCCCUGAUCCUCAACGACAUCAACCCCUUGGGCAAGAAGAGGAUGGACCUCGUGUUGGAGCUGAAGAACAAUGCUUCAAAACUACUCUUGGCCAUCAUGGAGAGCAGGCAUGACAGUGAGAAUGCAGAGAGGAUCCUCUACAACAUGAGGCCCAAAGAGCUGGUGGAAGUGAUAAAGAAGGCUUACAUGCAAGGAGAAGUAGAGUUUGAGGAUGGAGAGAAUGGAGAAGAUGUUGCAGCAUCUCCAAGGAAUGUGGGACACAACAUUUAUAUAUUAGCUCACCAGUUGGCUCGUCACAACAAAGAGCUGCAGAACAUGCUGAAGCCAGGAGGUCAGAUCGAGGGAGACGAGGCUCUGGAGUUCUACGCCAAGCACACAGCACAGAUUGAGAUCGUCAGGUCGGACCGCACCAUGGAGCAAAUCGUCUUCCCCGUGCCCAGCAUCUGUGAGUUCCUGACCAAGGAGUCCAAGCUGAGGAUCUAUUACACCACAGAGAGGGAUGAGCAAGGCAGCAAGAUCAAUGACUUCUUCCUGAAAUCAGAAGACCUCUUCAAUGAGAUGAACUGGCAAAAGAAACUGCGAGCUCAGCCUUUCCUCUACUGGUGUGCUCGCAACAUGUCCUUCUGGAGCAGCAUUUCCUUCAACCUGGCUGUCCUCAUGAACCUGCUGGUGGCAUUUUUCUACCCAUUCAAAGGAAUUCGAGGAGGAACACUGGAGCCCCACCUGUCAGGCUUGCUGUGGACAGCCAUGCUGAUCUCCCUGGCCAUCGUCAUUGCUCUUCCCAAGCCCCACGGCAUCCGAGCCCUGAUCGCCUCCACAAUCCUGCGCCUGAUCUUCUCAGUCGGCUUGCAGCCCACACUCUUCCUCCUGGGUGCAUUCAAUGUUUGCAAUAAAAUCAUCUUUCUGAUGAGCUUUGUGGGCAACUGUGGAACCUUCACUAGAGGAUACAAGGCGAUGAUCAUGGACGUGGAGUUUCUCUAUCACCUGCUGUACCUCCUCAUUUGUGCUCUGGGACUCUUUGUCCAUGAAUUCUUCUAUAGUCUGUUGCUCUUUGACUUGGUGUACCGAGAGGAGACCUUGCUGAACGUCAUCAAGAGCGUCACCCGCAACGGCCGCUCCAUCAUCCUCACUGCUGUCCUUGCCCUCAUCUUGGUCUACCUGUUCUCCAUCGUGGGCUACCUCUUCUUCAAAGAUGACUUUAUCCUGGAAGUAGACAAGCUCCCUAAUGAGACAUUAUUGCCAGAAGCGGGUGAGAGCAUGACUGGAGAGUUUCUCUACUCAGAUGUUUGCAAAGCAGGCAGCAGUGACAACUGUUCCUCCAUCAUCCCUUCUGACCAAGUGCCUGCUGAGGAGCUGGAGGAAGAGAACAAAGAGCAUACGUGCGAGACGCUGCUGAUGUGCAUUGUUACCGUACUGAGUCACGGGCUGCGCAGUGGGGGUGGAGUAGGUGAUGUGCUCAGGAAACCAUCCAAGGAGGAACCUCUCUUUGCUGCUAGAGUCAUCUAUGACCUGUUGUUCUUCUUCAUGGUCAUCAUCAUUGUCCUCAACUUGAUCUUUGGUGUUAUCAUCGACACCUUUGCUGACCUCAGGAGUGAAAAACAGAAGAAAGAAGAAAUUUUGAAAACAACUUGCUUCAUUUGUGGCUUGGAAAGAGAUAAGUUUGAUAACAAGACAGUCACCUUUGAAGAACACAUUAAAGAGGAGCACAACAUGUGGCACUAUUUGUGCUUUAUUGUCUUAGUGAAAGUAAAAGAUUCAACAGAAUACACAGGACCAGAGAGUUAUGUGGCAGAAAUGAUCAAGGAGAGAAACCUGGACUGGUUCCCCCGGAUGAGGGCCAUGUCCCUCGUCAGCAGCGACUCGGAAGGGGAGCAGAAUGAACUGAGGAACCUGCAGGAAAAGCUGGAGUCCACCAUGAAGCUUGUGACCAACCUCUCUGGCCAGCUGUCAGAGCUGAAAGAUCAGAUGACGGAGCAGCGGAAGCAGAAGCAGCGCAUUGGGCUGCUGGGCCACCCUCCGCCGAUCAGCGUCAACCCACAGCAACCAGCCUGA